CCGGUGUAAGAUUUAGCGGCAUGUAAACACAGAUGAGCGACAUGGACCAAACUGCUCUAGAUCUUGUUAAGGUGCAUGGAGGUGGAGGGUAUGACUCUGACUUCAGUGAUGAUGAUGAUGAUGAUGAUGGUGGAGGACUGUCCAAACAUGGACAGAAUAGGGCAGGUGAAGAUAAACUGUUAGAAAAGCCAUUCCAGAAAGGAAAACACACUAAGUUGGCCCAUAAAAAUCUCGCUGCCUCUGAAUGGGACAGAGAGGAAGCCAGAAAUCGACGACAACACCUGAUAUCGAUGAAUGCUUUUGAACGCCACAAGAAGUUUGUCAGUGACUACAUUCUGUACUAUGGAGGGAAGAUCGAUGACUUCAGACGAUCCAUGUCUAAAGAUAAGACAGAUCUGGAUGUGGUAAGAGAAAACCACCGUUUUCUCUGGAGAGAGGAAGAUGAGGAGGAUAUGACAUGGGAGAAAGAUCUUGCAAAGAAGUACUACGAUAAACUUUUUAAGGAGUACUGUAUUGCGGACCUCAGCAGAUACAAAGAAAAUAAGUUUGGAUUUAGGUGGCGCAUUGAAAAUGAAGUUGUGUCUGGAAAAGGCCAGUUCCUCUGCGGCAACAAACGCUGUGAGAAUAAGGAGGGCCUGAAAAGCUGGGAGGUGAAUUUUGCCUAUGUGGAGCAGGGAGAGAAGAGGAAUGCCCUGGUGAAACUACGUCUGUGCCCAGAGUGCUCCUUCAAACUCAAUUAUCAUCAUAAGAGAAAGGAAGUUAUAGUUAAGAAGAGACGGCGAUCGAAAGAGACUGUGGAACAGUCAAAUAAAACCAAGUCGGUCCACUCCAGAAAGAGUAAACGCAAAGACAAACGGAAACACAAAAAGAGGCGCAAAGAGUAUUCUUCAAGUUCAGGGGAGUCCCAAGAAUCAGAUAAAGGCACAGAGAGUGAAGAGGAGAAUGAACAAGAAGAGGGGCCUUCAGAAUCAGAGCACUGGAAGGGCCCAGCCCCCGCUGUGGAGGAGAAGUCACGGGAGGAAGUGUUUGAUGAGUAUUUUGAAGACAUGUUUCUCUGAGUGUAGGAAAAGAAGAUCUUUGCGUUCAGAAGAAUCCCCUUCAUGUUGUUGUCUUUUGUACUUUUAUGCUUUUGUAAAGUAUAGUUUGACAAAACUUUUUUUUAUGGCAUUUGGGUUUUUAUUUUUUUGUCUCACUUAGCCUCAUUCGUGAAACAUGAGCAGAAAAAAUUUCUUUGUUAAUCCAUACUUAAAAUGGAGCAGCAGUUUACGUAAGAUGGUUUUUACGCAAUUUACGCAAAUUCGUUCUGCACAUGUAAACCAUUUGUAAAACCAUUCAUGCAUAAUUUUGUGGAUUCAAUUCAUUGUAACAUUUAAUAAGAAUGGCUUUAAGGACGAUUUACACAGAUUUGUUCAGAGAUUCAUUAAAUUCAGUUUAGGUAAGAAUGGUUUUACAAACGUUUAAAGAUAAUUCUUUCUGCACUUUAAAGUGUUCGUUAAACCAUUAGUUUAUAAUUUGUCGCUUUCAAUUAAAUUUACAGCCGAUUUACACAAAUUUGUUCAUAGAUUCUUUCGAUUCAUGCAAUGCAAUUGAAAUUGUAUAAGAAUUGUUUUACUAGCGAUUUACGCAAAUUUCUUCUGUGCAUGUAACGCAUUCGUAAAACCGUUCAUGCAAAUUUUGAACUUUCAAUUAUAUUUACAGAUGAUUUACACCGAUUUUUUUAAGAGCUUUAUUCAAUUCAGUGCAAUACAAUUAAUUUUACAUAAGAAUGGUUUUACAAACAAUUUACACAAAUUCGUUCUGCAUGUGUAAAGCAUUGGUAAAACCAUUCAUGCAUAAUUUUACACAUUCAAUUUAUAGACGAUUUACUCCAAGAAUCUUUCAGAGAUUCAAUGCAAUUCGUUUAACAUAAGAAUAGUUUUACGAACGAUUUACACAAAUUCGUUCUGCAUGUGUAAAGCAUUGGUAAAACCAUUAUUGCAUAAUUUGUCAGAUUCAAUUUACAGACGAUUUACACAGAUUCUUUCAGAGAUCCAUUCAGUUCAGUCAAUGCAAUUCAGUUUACAUGAGAAUGGUUUUACGGACGAUUUAUGCUAAUUCGUUCUGCAUUUGUAAAAUGUUCAUAAAACCAUUCAUGCAGUUUGUCGCAUUCAAUUCAAUUUACACAGAUUCUUUCAGAGAUUCAUUAAAUUGAAUGCAAUGCCAUUCAAUUUACAUAAAAAUGGUUUUACAAACGAUUUACACAAAUUCGUUUUGCUUUUGUAAAACCAUUCUCACAUACACUUGUCGCAUUCAGUUCAGUUUAUUUACGAUAUACACAGAUUCAGAGUUUCAUUCAAUCCAAUGAAAUGCAAUUACAUUUGCUUAAGAAUUGUUAUACAAACUAUUUACGCAAAUUAUUCCUGUUAGUUUUUGUAAAACCAUUCAUGCAUAAGUUGUUGCAUUUGAAUUUUAUUUAUGGACCAUUUACACAGAGAUUCAUUUAGAGAUUCAUUAAAUUCAAAGUAAUUACAUUUAUGGAACAAUGGUUUCACAAACUAUUUACACAAUAAUUUGAUCUGAUUGUGUUUAAUGAACGAGGCCCACUAUGUUUAGUAGUGUGUUUAAGCAUUUUAUGUUUACCUCUAAAUUUACUUUCCAAGCCCAUGCAUUUGUAGAUAAGAGAAUUAUUUGGAUUCUUUCCAGAAAGACAUCGAGUUCAUGUAAUCAUUUUACUGCCUUGCAAUAUAGAUGACAACAAAUUGGGACCCCAUAGCAAUUUACCUAUGUACUAAGAGUUUACAAUCAUAUACUAUCAAGAGUGUUUGCAUCCCCUGGAACAUUGAUGACUGUAGAUUUACUGCUGAGCUUGUACACAUAUUCUGCUAAUCCUCAAGAGCUUCUGCAUGGAAAUCAUUAUACAAAUUAUACACCAUACGUCAUUCUUUCAGAGCAAAUUCACAUGGUCAUAAUGUACUAUCAGACUGUCCCAGGGCACAGCUUAGUCAACACUAAUGGCAGUCAGCCAAUCAAUGUGAAGAAUCAGUCAGGUUGGGUCAGAGAGCACUUGUUCCCUCUAGUCCAUUAAUCAGUGUGUGUAAUACGUUUAUAAAUGUGCAAGUGACCUGUGCAUUCGUGGUGCAAUUUUGUGCUUUCACAAAAAAUAAAAUGGAGAAUAAGUUGUAUACUACAUUGUUAUGAAACUUUAAAGUCCCCAUAAAAUCAUAAUUCAG